AUCAAAUCGGUGUGGCAUUGUUGUGGCAGACGCAUUGGCAGCUGGUAAUAACUGCUCUUACUCGAAUUAGUGCAAAUUAAGUAAAUUUUGGAAAAGUAAUUUUGGUGUACAUACAAAAAAAAUAAUAAUGACUUAACAAUAACUGAAAAGUGAAAGAUAUUAGGUGUAUUUUCAUUCACAGAGAAUAAACUGAAAUAAAAUUAAAUUCUAACUAAAAACACAAAAAAAUGGCAUUCUACUCGGAAAGAGAGGCUUACUGUAUUUACUAACUAUUGCAUAAAGCUGAAAACUUCAAAAUUUUUUUUAAUAAUUUGUUAUAAAAGCCAAAGGAAAAGUCCUACGACAACAGCACCUCACACUAAGACAACAUGCAGCCCAGCAAAUAUGUCGGCCUUGUGGCCGACUUAAUGCCCAAUAUUCGGCUGAUGAAGUACUCCGGUUUGUUCAUGCAUAAUUUCACUGGCGGUUCUGGGCUCUUCAAAAAGAUUUACUCAUCCAUGCACUUGGUCUUGGUUGUGGUGCAAUUUCUGCUGAUUCUGGUGAAUAUGGCAUUGAAUACGGAUGAAGUGAAUGAGUUGUCAGGCAACACGAUAACGGUGCUAUUCUUUACUCACUGCAUAACCAAAUUCGUAUACCUGGCCGUCAGUCAGAAGCACUUCUACAGAACAUUGAAUAUCUGGAAUCAAGUAAAUUCGCAUCCAUUGUUUGCCGAGUCAGAUGCUCGCUACCAUGCAAUCGCCCUCGCCAAGAUGCGAAAAUUAUUCACGUUGGUUAUGCUAACCACCGUCGCCUCGGCAGUGGCUUGGACCACCAUUACAUUCUUCGGCGAGAGCGUUAAAUUCGCCUUCGACAAGGAGACAAAUUCGUCCAUCACCGUUGAAAUUCCACGCUUGCCGAUUAAAUCUUUUUACCCUUGGAAUGCCAUGUCGGGCAUGUUUUACAUAAUCAGUUUCGCUUAUCAAUUCUACUAUCUGCUCUUCUCCAUGGUGCACUCGAACUUGUGCGAUGUGCUCUUCUGUUCGUGGUUGAUUUUCGCAUGCGAGCAACUGCAACAUUUAAAAGGGAUCAUGAAGCCCUUGAUGGAGUUGUCAGCUUCCUUGGACACCUAUCGACCCAAUUCAGCGGCACUCUUUCGUUCUUUAUCGGCCAACUCUAAGUCGGAGCUAAUCAACAAUGAAGAGAAAGAACCCACUGAUCUGGAUAUCAGCGGCGUUUAUAGCUCCAAAGCUGAUUGGGGUGCACAAUUUCGUGCGCCAUCGACGUUACAAACUUUUAAUGGCGUGAAUGGCACAAAUCCGAAUGGUUUAACCAGGAAACAGGAAAUGAUGGUGCGCAGUGCCAUUAAGUAUUGGGUCGAGCGGCAUAAGCACGUUGUACGAUUAGUCGCAGCCAUCGGCGAUACGUACGGCGGCGCUUUGCUCUUACACAUGUUGACAUCCACCAUUAUGUUGACGUUGUUGGCAUAUCAGGCCACCAAGAUCACCGGCGUCAAUGUUUACGCAUUCACGGUCAUCGGUUACUUGGGCUAUGCAUUGGCGCAGGUAUUUCAUUUCUGCAUAUUUGGCAAUCGGCUGAUUGAAGAGAGCUCAUCCGUUAUGGAGGCAGCCUACUCUUGCCACUGGUAUGAUGGCUCCGAGGAGGCAAAGACUUUUGUGCAGAUCGUUUGUCAGCAGUGCCAAAAGGCGAUGUCCAUAUCGGGAGCGAAGUUCUUUACCGUCUCGUUGGAUUUGUUUGCAUCGGUUCUUGGCGCUGUUGUCACCUAUUUCAUGGUGCUGGUACAAUUGAAAUGAAGCACUGAAGUUUGUGGCAUAAACAAUAUCACCGACAAGCCUAACAAAUCAUAUCAUUUAACAAAAACAACAACAAUAAAAGAGAGCGAUGAAGAAGGGCAGUUGCAGAAGGGUGUGCCAGCGAGCCAGCGUUAGCAGUCGCCUGGAAAAUCGGCGCAAUAUGUGGUGGACUCAUUCACGCUGUGUAGCCGUUCCUCCAACAACAAAACACAACAGAAGAACUGUAUACGACGUUGGCGAGAGACUAGAAGCCAAAUUUAAAA